AUGAUUAGAACAGUUAAACCUAAGAACGCCAGAGCCAAGAGGGCUUUGGAGAAGAGAGAGUCGAAGUUAGUUGAGAAUACAAAGCAGGCCCUGUUUGUCCCUGGUCAGACCUCUAACAAGCUGUUGCACGAUGUCAUGGUUGAUCUUAGUGCAUUGAAGAAGCCAGAUAUUAAAAGGUUCAACAAGAAGAAUGAUAUACAUCCUUUUGAAGAUCCUGAGCCAUUGGAAUUUUUCAGUGAAAAGAACGAUGCCUCUUUACUUGUGCUAUCAACAAGUUCUAAGAAGCGUAAGAAUAACUUAACAUUUGUCCGUACUUUUGGUUAUAAGAUAUACGACAUGAUUGAGCUGUUGAUCGCUGAAAAUUACAAACUUUUGAACGAUUUCAGAAAGAGAACCUUUACCGUUGGUCUAAAGCCAAUGUUCAGUUUCCAAGGUUCUGCGUUUGAGACUCAUCCUGUCUACAAACAAAUUAAGUCUUUGUUCCUAGACUUCUUCAGAGGCCAGACUACUGAUCUCCAGGAUGUUGCUGGUUUGCAACAUGUCAUCUCUAUAAGUAUCCAAGGUGAUUUUCAAGAAGGUGAGCCAUUGCCCAACGUGCUAUUCAGAGUUUACAAAUUGAGAACGUACAAGAGUGAACAAGGUGGUAAGACUCUACCCCGUGUCGAGUUGGAUGAGGUUGGACCACGUCUAGAUUUUAAGAUUGGUAGGGUACGCACUCCAUCUCCAGAGAUGGAGAAAGAAGCUCACAAGCGUGCUAAGCAACUCGAUGUUAAGACUAAGAAGAAUGUUGAAAUUGACACAAUGGGUGACAAGCUGGGUAGAAUCCACAUGGGUAAGCAAGACUUGAACAAAUUGCAAACCAGAAAAAUGAAGGGUCUAAAGUCCAAGUUUGACCAAGUAGAUGACGAUGAAGAAGAUUACUUGAAUGACAGUGAAGAGGACUUGCAAGGUAGCAUGUCCGAACAUGAAGAUACUUUCGGCGAGGACUUUGUCACUGCUGAUGAGAUUGACGAGAAUCAACCAGCUAGUAAAAAACAAAGAAGAGCAUAA